AUGACCGCUUUUAGCACGUUGGUGCUGACUACCGAACAUCCUGCGGUCAUUGCAACUGCCGGCAUAUACGCGAAUUUCUCGGAAGCCUACAAGGUCCAUAAUGAUAGCCAGGACGUCCUCACGCUGAUUGAGAAAUACGCUAGCCUGUGCGACAGUUACUUAACCAAAGUGAGAGAAGUUACCGAGUGUAUAGUAUCCCGCAAGGGUGAGCCGGUGUGGAUGGAAGCCAUGGCGUGCCAUAUAUUGCUAACGGAUGAGCGAAACACAUGGAAGCUCAUGAGUGUCCUCCUGCGUGACCGUCUCAAGGCGGAAGUGUUAACGGAAGAAGGAGGCAACAACACAAUUUUGCUCGACAGAGCUCUUGAAGCUAGUGACAGGAUAAUAGUGGAAGCCAGCACGGCAAGGAACUCAUUCGCACGGCAGGUGCAACUGGUGGUCGACUGGUUGGAAAGCUGCGCGGCCCAUCAGUGUUGUAUAGGCUAUGGCGAUGGUAUGCUCGAGUACUUUGCUGAAGGACGCUGCACCUGGAAAAACACCCUGCAGCAUGUGCAGUCCUGCGCCGACGUCAGUAAAGCACCGUCGUCUGACGUGACUGAAUUGGACCCGGACGCAUCCUCGAGGGAGCAGCUACUGACACGUGACCUGGACCGUGACGAAAAGUGCCACCUCUUUCACAGCGUAUUCUUCCACCGGCGAGCAGGCAAACUGCAGCGGGCUCAGAAGCUGGCUGCGGACAACGGUCAUUUUUGGCUAGCCGCCGCGCUCGGAGGAUGGAAGCCCUACCUCGGCCUGAACAACGGCAGCAUCAUGGGCGCCGUCUCCACGCAACUCGUAGACGGCAAUUUCUACCGGGACCUCUGGAAGUGCGCCUGCAGGGAAUCUGCGACGAAUACCAGGUGUUCCCUGUACGAGCGUGCCGUGUACGGUGCUCUGAGUGGCAACUUACAAGCAAUGCUGCCCGCGUGUACCACAUGGGAGGAUAAGCCGUGGGCUCGCAUGCGCGCUGUUAUCGAUGUGUGCUUGGAGCAGGAGCUCCAAACUGGCAUGCAGCAGGCUACAAACUUGGAGCCGCUGCCACCAGGCUGCCCCAGUGAACAUGAAACCUUUGAAGCUGUUUUCCGUGACCUGCAGACGGCAGCGGGCGUGAGUGAGUCGCGAGACCAGGAGAUCAAGCACAUCCUGCAGCGAGGUUUGGUGCUGAACGAUGCUGUUUCCAUGGUCGAAGAGAUACUCGAAUGGGUAACUGCUCAGGUGAUUGAACCGCCGCUUCUCACCAUGCGGUUUCUCGCUCAUAUGGUACUCUUACUACGACAAGUUGGCUGCGAGACCGCCACCGGGGCGUGCAGCGCUCUUGUUCGGACCUACUUAGACAUGCUCAUCGAGGAUGGCCAUGGCCCCUUGGUUGCCCCCUACGCAGCCACACAACCAGCAGCCGAGCAAGCCGCCAUGUACAAAAAGCUUGCGAAGCCUCAAAACUAG